AUGUAUUUGGCUUUAUAUGGAUUUAAUAAUAAGUCAAAUAAAAAAUGCGAGAGAAGCGAGGUGGGUUUUAAUAUUGCAAUACUUUCUAGUAAAGAAUAUCAUGAAAAAAGUACAAGGUACCAAACAAAUUUGAUUGUCCAAAGAUAAAUCUUAAAUUUAUAUCCUGAAAACCUGAUCUUCUGUAACUUUAUAGCUGGUAUAGGUGGUGAUAGGUGUUAUGAUUAGAUGCCAAAUGAUAAAUUGGAACCAGUAAUUACCAAAGCAUUAAAAGAAUAUAAUGAUAACUUCGCAGAUAUGGGAUUAGUGUUAUUUGAAGAUGCUCUUAAACAUGUAUGCAGAAUCACUAGAAUAGUGUUACCUCCAGGAGGACAUCCAUUAUUAAUAGGAUAAAGAAGUAGUGGAAAAUAAUCAUUAACUAAAUUGGCUGUUUUCAUUAUGACAUACACACUCUUCAUGAUUUCUAUCUCAAGCUAUUAUGGUAUGAAUGAUUUAAGAAAUGAUUUGCGAUUACUUUACUAGAAAUCAGGUGUCAAAGGUGAACCUAUUAUGUUCUUAUUUAAUGAAGUUCAAAUUACAAAUGAGAGAUUAACCUACAUCACUGAUUUGCUAACUUCAGGAGAAGUGGCCGAACUCUACAAUUCAGAUGAAAAGGAAGAUUUAAUUAAUCAAAUCAGACCUAAAGUAAAGGCUGAUGGUAGAUCAGAUACGAGAGAUUCAUGUUGGGGAUGGCUUAUUGAUAGAGUAAGAUAGAAUUUACAUAUGACUUUGUGUUUCUCGCCUGUAGGUGAAUCUCUCCGUAAAAGAGCUAGUCAAUUCUCUGCACUUAUCAACUCUACUGUUAUUGAUUGGUUUCAUCCAUGA